UGCGCCAAAAGACCACAGAAGAAGAAGAACCAUUGUGGCCACAAGCUGCACGCGCACAUCGAGGAGAAGAAUGAUGGCAGCUUCAGCUGGCGGUUCGGCUCCUCGUUUGUUUGGGUGUGCUGACAAAACUCCCGUCCAGGUCCUACACGAGUACGGCAUCAGGACAGGGAGCGCGCCGCAGUACGCGCUGAUUGGGUCUGACGGGGACGCGCAUCAGCCCUGCUUCAGCUUUAGUGUCACCAUCGGAGAGAUUACCUGCAAAGGUGAAGGAUCAACUAAAAAGGCUGCGAAACAUGAAGCUGCCCAAGCUGCCUUACAAGUAUUGAAACUGGACUUCCAGCCUAAUGAUGACCGAGAUAAAAAUGGUAUUUCUCCUGAAACACGGGAUGCGUCAAACCCUGUGGGAAUCCUGCAGGAGCUGGCGAUGCUGAGGGGGUGGUGUCUGCCGGAGUAUGUGACGUGUAUGGAGACGGGACCCGAUCACAUGAAAGAGUUCACAGUUGUCUGUCGUUUAGAAGGAUUGGAGGAGACGGGGACCGGCAGCUCCAAAAAGACGUCCAGACGAGUGGCGGCCGAGCGCAUGCUGGAGAAACUCCAGAGUUUGUCUGGAUCUCUAGAGAUCACGUGGAGUCCUCCACCUCAUGUGAACGUAGAGGACGUCCGACACUCGACGGGCGAGAAGAUUUCACUCCUGAAGAGAUCUCCUCUCAGCAUCCCAAACACAGACUACAUUCAGAUGUUACUGGACCUGUCGCUGGAGCUGGGCUUUCAGGUCACUUACAUGGACAUCGAUGAGCUGACAGUGAACGGGCAGUACCAGUGUUUAGUGGAGCUGUCCACCAGGCCGGUGACGGUGUGCCACGGAUCAGGAAUGACCAGCGGUAACGCCCAAAACUCUGCGGCACACAGCGCCCUGCAGUACAUCAAGAUGAUCGUGUGUAGACACUAAGGACAGAUCUGGGAUCAGCGUGGGGGAUGAUAUCUGCUCUGAGAGUCACACAGCUGAGAUAAGCGGCGUCACAGCCGAUCUACUGCAGGUCUUUACUGUAAAUAAACAGUAUUUUCAUUCAGUGACCACCACACAAUCAUUCACACGAUCAACUAAUGAUCAUUUUAUUAAAACCGUAAUGCAAACAGAUGUGCGGGUAAGGUCGACAGAAAGCUGAAAUGAAAUGACUUGUGCUCGGUGUGAAUGCUGUAAUCUGUUACUGACCUGAAGCGGAAUGACACAUCGCUUCCACGAGCUGUGUGAAACUGACACGAAGCAUUUACUGCUACACUUUUAAUAAUCAUAGCUGUGUUUAGGCCAGCUUAUACCAGAAGACUUUUAGUUUUUGUUUCAGCAAACUAGUCAGUUUGUAUGUACAGUAAUUUUGAGAUCCUUCCUCCAUGUCACGUCAAAAAGUGUGCGCGUAAAUGCAUCUCGGUGUUUAUUCCUGAUAGUGGAUAUUGUUUGUGAAAUGUUUCUCAUUGUUAUUCUGUGAAGGUUAUAUUAUUAUCUUUACGUGCACGAGCUUCAGGGUCAGUCAUGAAGGAUCAGAUUCGGAGAGCUCCUGUUAGCUUAGUGAAACAGACUGUGCAAACUUCAAGAAUUCUUGUUUGUAUUUGUUUGUUGUAGUGGCACUCUCAAUCUGUACGGCUUUUAGUAUUGUUUUUUAUGUAAUACUUGUCACAUUAAUGCUAAAUUUACAUCACAUGACAGCAGUUUGAAGUCACAUUAUGCCAUUACUAUUUUCUCUGCUUAAAACAUUCCUCUGUUGUCUGAUAUCCAUCACAAAACAAGACAAAAUUAGUCCUAAACAACUUCAACAAAUGUUUCAAUGUCCUAAAUCACAACUAAUAAGCUCCCUAUUUCUCAUAAAAGUGUACUCUAACUUUGAAUGAAAGUCAGUGAGUGCAGCUGUGACGCGUCAGAGGAGAUCUGGUCCUCCCGGCUGAGACCGGUUUCUCCUCCAUUUCUUUCUCAUUGGAGUUUGGGUUCCUCGCCACAGGGCCGUGUUGUCUUGCUCACCGGGAGACUGCUGAUAUUAGAUAUUAUUUAUUAGAAUGAUCUUGCUUGUUCUAUAAACACCAUACGCUGUGUUUAUACCUUUUCUGUUUUUCUCCUGUAAAGCGGCUUUGGAACAAUGCACAUUGUGAAAAGCGCUAUAUAAAUAAAAUUGAAUUGAACGUCA